GGUAAUAUGGAGCGGUUUGGCUGCACGAUUGAAAUGGAACCCAGAACCCUGAGUGUAGGAGAACUGAACGAUGCACGGGAAGCAGCAGUGGAUAUAAUACAAAAUAACGAGCCCAAGGAAGCAUUGAAUAUCUUCACUCAGGGAACAAAGAGCAUGACUGGAACCGUUGAAGGACUGGGUAAAGAGGUUGAGACGCAGGGCCACGAUAUUAAACAAGGAAUUGGACUUGCUAAAAAAUCUUGGAAUCUUCCAUGCGGUCCUGACGGCUCUGAUGAAGAAUUUCCUGACGGAGUCAAAUUAAGGGAGCCUCUCUCAUCUCCAUUUUGAAGUGUAAUAGUCUUGUUAAAAGGCAUCGUCGUCCUUUUUUCUAUGUAGAGUGAUAGAACAGACAUCACUCCAUUUGGAUAAUAAAAAUAUUUAAAAUAUUAUUUCAAUAACAAACUUCAUG